GCCACAGCAAUGGAUGUUGAAGAACGGCCACUCAAACUGUACUCCAUUCCAUACCUAGCAGCCGGACAUAUAAUCCCUCUCUCCGACAUAGCCAGACUCUUCGCCUCACGCGGCCAUCACGUCACCAUCAUCACCACUCCUUCCAAUGCCCAAAUCCUUUAUAAUCACAAAUCCAACAACUUCCGCGUCCACACCUUCCAAUUCCCUUCCCAAGAAGUGGGCCUCCCCGACGGCGCCGAAAGCAUGUCCUCAGCCACUGACACCGACAACUCUGUUAGGAUGUACGAGGCCAACUUGCUACCCCAAGAACCCAUCGAGAAUUUGGUGGAGCAAGACCCACCCGACUGUAUCGUAGCGGACUUUUUGUACCCGUGGGUGGAUGAUUUGGCAAACAAGUUUCACAUCCCCAGAUUGGCCUUCAAUGGUUUCUCCCUCUUUACCAUCUGUGCCAUGGAAUCUCUCAAGGCACACCCCAUCGAUGAUUCCACCGGUUCAUUUGUGAUUCCAGAUUUUCCUCACCAUAUCACCCUCAACGCAACACCACCCAAGGUCUCCAAGGAAUUCAUUGAUCCCCUGCUCACUGUAGCGCUCAAAAGCAAUGGGUUUAUCAUCAACAACUUCGUGGAGCUUGACGGAGAAGAGUACGUCACCCAUUACGAGAAAAACACGGGUCACAAGGCAUGGCAUCUUGGCCCAGCCUCUCUUAUUUGCAGAACAGCAGAAGAGCAAGCAGAGAGGGGCCAAAAGAGCGUGUUGAGCGUGCACGAGUGCCUGAGUUGGCUUAACUCAAAGAAGGACAACUCGGUGCUCUACAUAUGCUUUGGGACCAUUUGCUAUUCCCCUGAUAAGCAGUUGUACGAAAUGGCAUGCGGGAUAGAAGCAUCAGGUAAGGAUUUCAUAUGGGUGAUUCAUGCGAAGAAAGGGAAAGAGGACGAGAGCGAGGAGGAGAAGAACAAGUGGUUACCAAAGGGGUUUGAGGAAAGGAAUCGAGAGAGAGGGAUGAUUAUCAGAGGAUGGGCCCCGCAGGUGCUGAUACUCUGCCACCCCGCCGUCGGUGCUUUCCUGACGCAUUGCGGGUGGAACUCCACCGUGGAGGCCGUCAGCGCUGGUGUUCCGAUGAUCACGUGGCCGGUGCAUAGCGAUCAGUUCUACAACGAGAAGCUGAUAACUCAAGUGCGGGGUAUUGGAGUGGAGGUGGGAGCAGAGGAGUGGACAGUGAUUGGUUUUGCGGACUGUGAAAAAUUGGUGGGCAGGGAUCGCAUAGAGGAAGCAGUGAGGGGGUUGAUGGACGGUGGUGAUGAAGCUGACAUUAUCAGACGGCGCGCUCAAGAGUUUGGAAAAAAGGCUAGAGAAGCUGUUCAAGAAGGUGGAUCGUCCCACAAGAAUUUGACGGCCUUCAUUGAUGAUCUUAAGCGAUUGAGAGACUGUAAGCCGCUCGAUUAA